AUGGAUGAACAAGACUGGUAUGAAAAAGAUUUAAGUGAUUUUGAUGAUCUACAAUCAUCUGAUGAAAAUGUUGUCAUUGAAGAACAAUUAAUUCACCCGAAACAAAAGAAAUCUUUAGAAAGAACAUCUGUAAUUGAAAAUAAUUAUCAUGAAAAAGAUUAUCCAUUUGAUUUAUGGUAUCUAAUUGCUAUGUAUAUUGCACUAGAGGAUAUUGGAAGAUUUGCAUUAAUUUGUCGUAAAACAAAUCAAAUCGUAAAUUCAGUACCUUUUUGGAUAUCUCUAUUUAGAAAAUAUAAUAAAGUUGGAGCAAAAAAACUUACUCGACUACUUAUAAGAGAGCAUUUAUCGAUUGUUCGAACAUAUGUUAUAAAAUCUUUAUAUCAAACUUAUCCAUUAUUUCAAGAACGUUUCGAUAAAACGAAUGCCAUACAAAAAGAACCACAUUUUCUAUUAUCAUCUCGAUGUGUUCGUAUAUGGUAUUCAAAACGGCCGACACAACGUGAUUUAUAUGAUUAUUAUUUUGAAUUUCGUUUUGAUAAUAUGCAACAAACAAAACAACAAGAUAUACAAAUUCAAGCCAUAUCACCAAUAUUUCAAGCAAAUAAUCAAUCUAUAAUUGAUAAAGAUAGUUAUAUUUUACAUUUAAUUUCUUCAAACUUUGUACUUAUUGGUCCAUAUAUGGGGAUGAUUUUAUCUCAAAUAACACUGAAUGUUAGUAGUGAUUAUCGAUAUCAUAAAUUAAAAAUGUGGUUCGAUUCGUCAAGAUCAUGUUCACAAAAGUCUAAAUAUAAUAAUUCUGUAGUAAUUAUUGAUCCAGUUUUAUGUUUAAGAAUAUAUAAAUGGUAUAACAGUCCAACUAAUUUAGAUUAA